AUGGAAUCAAGCAAAAGAAACAUUUACUCUUUCAAGUUCAAAGAUCCCGAUCUAAGGAGCUUACGUGACUUGGUCUCUCAGAUGCACCCGGUAUACAGAAUUAACUUUGGGAAAAAUUAUGGAAAUCUGCUCAGCAUCCUCAACCAACGAGUAGACUAUACAACUUUAAUCACCUUGGCCCAAUUCCAUGACCUACCUUUAAGAUGCUUCACAUUCCAAGACUUCCAGCUAGCACCAACGUUAGAAGAAUUCGAGCGUCUUGUUAGGAUUCCUAUGAAGAACAAGCCACUAUUUGAAGGGAUAGAUGAAUCUUUGCCCCUUGAGAUUAUUGCUAGCACGCUUCACAUGGAUGAAAAGGAAGUAGAGGCUAACCUAGAGACCAAAGGGAGUACCAAAGGAUUUUCGCUAGGUUUUCUCUUGGAGAGAGCUCAUACCCUAAUAAAAGCAGAAAGUUGGGAUGCUUGUUACUCUGCUAUUGCAUUAGCCAUCUAUGGUGUCGUCCUGUUCCCAAAUAUGGAUGGUUUUGUAGACAUGGCUGUUAUUUGUGUUUUCCUUACUGGAAACCUAGUACCUACCUUGUUAGCUGAUGUUUACUAUUACAUAAGCCAUAGGUACACUAAGAAGAAAGGAAUGAUUGCUUGUUGUGCUCCUUUAUUAUAUCAGUGGUUUCUAGAACAUCUUCCGAAGACAGGUGCUUGGGUUGAACAGACAGAUGUUAGUUAG